AUGUGGGGGGGCUGGUCCCUCCACAAACACAGAGCCUCCUGGCCCUCAACUCCUUCAACCAGACCCUUGACUUCUUCAGCUGGACCCUCGACUCCUUCAACCGGACCCUCACCUCCUUCAACUGAACCCUCACCUCCUAACCUUCAACCAACCCCUCAGCUCCCUCCCCCAAACCCUCAGCUCCCUCCGCUGAACCAACUUGACACUGGUGCUCAUCCAGUUGAUGACCCAAAUAAUAACCUCUAUGAUGACCCUUACACCAAUGACAAUGGCCCUCUCUCUGCUCCCCUUGGGAAUGCACUGGAUGUGUUAGAUGGAGAUGUCAACAUGUACAAUGAUGACAACAACAACAACGGGGUGGAGUACAACUCCUCCCGGCGUCAUGUCGUCAGCAGUCCCCCCAAAGUGGUGGGACACAAAUGGCAAUAUGCAGCCUCUCCUUCUCCCCCUCCUGUCCAAACUAAUGCCUUUGUUCUCCCAUGGAAGCCCCAGACACUGGCAUACCAUAGUCACGUGGCGUUUGGCUCUGCCUCACCUGGCAGCCAAGUGCCAUGUAGACCUCCAUCGUUCACUUCAUCGUCGGGGAUAUCCUGCAGCUGCUCCACUCCCUCAUCCACAGCAUCCUCAUCCUAUCUAUUGACUGACUAUCAGAUUUUGCCAAUGGCAUCUCAGACAUCACUGUCUGCAAAGCCACAGAGCUUAGCCAGCUCGAAAAAGAAGAGGACUUUGGCAACAGACAUUGAGGGCCACCUCAGCAUGCUUAACGAUGAAAUUCGGAGCAUGCAGAGUGACAUAAGAAGGAAUUUCAGUAGUGCUGAGGCCAAGGCCAAGGAGAUUCUGCACCUUCAGGCUGCAGCUGCCUUGCAGGAAAAGGAGGCUGAGACCUGGUGCCUGAAGAUCCAAUAUGAGACCAUGAUCCAUGCUAGUCCCUUGACCUCAUCACCAUCAGUUUGA